CGGUCUGCACACCGGGCUGAGGACGGAGGACAGCAGCAGCUACCGUGGACGGAGUCACAGAGAGCUUCAUUUAGUUCACUUUAACUUAUUUAUUUGUUUAUCUUUUUGUGUGACGAGUAUUUAUUAAUAUCGAAGAUGAACGGAGUGUCGAGGAGUCUGUGCACGUUUGAGGACAUCAGGAACCAACAGCAUGGAGAGGGGUGCAGGCGACUGCGGCUCACACUGCAUGACCAGAGCCAGGCAGCUCGGAGCUCGGAGCAGCACAGGGACAAGCCUAUUGGACGUGCGUUUGCGCUGGUGCAGCCGCCCAGUGACAGGACAUCUCUGACUCCCGAACCGCUCAAAUCUACAGAGGAGCAGGUCGAGGUUAUAAAGGUUUAUCUGGAGGCCCGCAGACAAGAGCAGCAGAAACACCAGCAGAGCCUGAAGAUGUUGUCAGAUGAGGUUUCACAGAUACAGGAGGUGAGGUAUUGCCUUAAGACGCUGAGGGAGCAGAUGGCAGCCAAAAACAAGCCGCACACAAAUGGGUGGAAAGUCGGUCUCCCCUUCCGAAAGAGCACCUCGCCCGCCCCCAAAGCUGACGGACAGGAAGCAGAUGAAGAAGCGGAGAGAGCCAAGCUGAGGGAGGUCAGCAAGCGCUUAUAUGCUCAGCUACAGGAGGCAGAGAAGAAACACCAGGAAGACAAAGAGAGGCUGCAGGUUGAAAGCAACAGGCUGAGGGAUCGUCUGAGCAAUGAGGAGGAGAAGUUGAGGUUGACAGAAGAAGCGAGUGAGAAGAAAGACAAGCGCAUAGACGAGCUCCAGAGGUUGCUGGGAGGGAUGGAGCAGGAGAGCGCCACGCUGAGGGAGGCGAUCCGCAACCGCGAGGAGGAACUCCGCGAGCUGCGCAAGCUCAGAGAAGAGGGCCAGAAAGGGGAGCAGAGGACCGAGCAGUUGGAGAAGGAGGUUGCUAUUCUCAAAGAAAAGAUCCACCAUCUGGAUGACAUGCUGAAAAGUCAGCAGAGGAAAGUCAGACACAUGAUUGAACAGCUCCAGAACUCCCGCAUGGUGAUCCAGGAGAGAGACCGCGUGAUCAAAGAGCUGGAGGAGAAAGUGGCUUUCUUGGAGGCUGAGAACCGAGAGAUGCAUGACCAGAUGGACUACUUCCUGGGAGGACAAAGGUCAAAUUCCUACCUUUCAUCAGAGCGCAACCCCCAGAUUGUCUACAGUAAACCAAUCAAGCCGACCACCUCAUCUAACAAACCGCUCCCUUUCAUCAAAGUCAUCGAGAUCAAGUCAUGAAGCGACGGCAGAAAGACACGGUGAUAAUUGAGGUGGGCUCAUGACGACCAAACCUUCUCAAUACAGACUGAAACCAAACAGCAGCUCAACAAAAACAUCUGAUCACAUUAACAGUUUGGAUGUGAGAGUUUAGCUUCCUGGACUGCAACUCCAUCAACACUAAAACCACAAACACUCUUGAAGGAAACAAUGUGGCGUUUGGCGACAAACACAAGCAUAGGGGCGUGUCUGUGCAUAACGAACGUGUGUGUGUGUGUGUGUCAGCUUUAAUGUAGAUAAAUGAAAGCGUACUGAGUCAGCUGACGUGCAUUUGAAGUUGAUACUGUAAACAAGUGUUUUCUUUGUGCUGCCCUGUUUUGAUCGCUUUUUAACCUUUGAGUUUAUGACAGUUUGGUGUUGACAGGACUGUUGAUCAAAGUGCAGGAUGGAAGACCUUUUGCCAAGUGACGUUAUAAAGUCCUUAUGCCGUCGGUAAUGUAGCAAACAUAGAUAACUAAGCUAACAGUUUCAUGUUAAAAUCAUUAACCAGAUGGUCUACAUCCUGCACCCUUAUUCGUCACUAAUCCAUGACUCCGUUCACGUCGCUCAGUGAAUGGUAUGACGCUUUAAACGUGUAAAUAAUGACUGUAGCAUAUAUGAGGUCAACACCCUUUUCAUGAAAAGAGCUAAGAGUAUUUAAAUAAAAAUAACAAUACGGCACUUAAUGAUACUGUGAGGAAGCAGAAAGAAAAAAUGGCGUCAGUGGUGAAGUAAUUUGAUAUGUUCCUGCUUCAUAGAGGUGUCAUUCUUCAACCGAUUUCUUGUAAAACAUUUCAGUUCCCUGCCAUGUGUAAACAGUCACCUUGUUUUGUACAUAAUAUUGCUGAAUGUGAUUUGAUGUUUUAAUUUCUAACAACUUUCCAGUUUGUAUUUAUUUAUAUUAAAUCAAACCUCUAGACAUAUGUGUGUAUGAUAGCAGUUUUUUUUUUUAAAUGAAGUACACUCUUAUCUAUUAUUCGUGUUUGUGGUUCUCUGAAUAAAUAUCAAAAUAAA